UAGUUCAAUAAUUGAAAAUGCCCUUUUUAAAAAAAAUAAAAAUAAAAAUGAUUUAACACCCUCCCAAAAACAAAUUACAGUAUUAAAAUCGAGUCAGGGAGGAGUUUUCCCACCACAACCCCGCCUAGUAAGUCACGAGACUGAGAUAUUGCGUCAUUAGUCCGCGUCGAAAGGUGCCACUGCGGUCUUGGGCGUCAGCGGCGGCGCGGGUGACGGGAAGGGCUAGCCCGGCUUCCUGGUCCUUCGGCGGUGGCCAUUGUUCUGGUUCGUUCCCUGGGCUACGAGUUUGACGCAAAGCAUUUGAAGAGGUUCUUUGCAGAAUUGCAGCACAGGAUUGCAGAUCAUCUUUGAAAGCUGCCCCUAGUUGUCUGCAUGCUUGUGUAGCCAUCCAGGAGAGCUCAUGUCUUCAAGAAUGCCACCAGAAAACUUUAAAACAACCAAUGCUACUGAUACAGAAGAAAAGAUGAAGUGCAACGUUGAUAAGGUAGAAAUUAAAGACUUGCCACUGGAAAAGAUGGAGAAUAUUGAAACGAUGUCAAAAAGACAAAGAAAGAAGUUAAUAAAGCAGAAACAAUGGGAAGAACAAAGAGUCUUGCGCAAGCAAAAACGUAAAGAAAAACGCUUGAAAAGAAAAAUGGAGCGCCAGUCUCAGCUGGAAUCAAACAGUGAAGAAAAUGUCAGGAAACGUAUGCGUAGAGAUAUUGUUCCUAGUGCACUUCGGCUUAUAAUAGACUGCAGUUUUGACAAUUUAAUGGAAUUAAAGGAUGUCAAGAAACUUCACAAGCAAAUUCAGAGGUGUUAUGCAGAAAAUCGUAAAGCACUUCAUCCUGUUCAGUUUUACUUGACCAGUCACGGAGGCCAGCUGAAGGACAACAUGAAUGCAACAGACAAGGGAUGGAUAAAUUGGAAGGAUAUUCAAAUUAAAUCAGCUCAUUAUAAUGAGUUGGUGAAAAAGGAAGAUCUUGUUUACCUUACCUCAGAUUCUCCAGAUGUCUUGAGUGAAUUAGAUGAAUCAAAAGCCUAUGUUAUUGGCGGCUUGGUUGAUCACAAUCAUCACAAGGGAAUUACAUACAAAAGAGCAAAAGAACAAGGUAUAAGCCAUGCACAGCUCCCCCUAGGAAACUUUGUGAAAAUGAACAGCAGGAAAGUUCUGGCAGUCAAUCAUGUAUUUGAAAUCAUCUUGGCAUAUCUGGAAAAGAAGAACUGGGAAGAAGCCUUUUUUACUAUUUUGCCACAACGAAAAGGGGCCAAACUGCUGCAUGAGGCAACUGAGGUGACUGUCGCCUCCCCAUGCAAGCAGCAAGAGACAGGAAUUAUUGAAGAUGAAGUCUCUGAAAGGAGCUAAAUGUCAGUGAAAAUACUAUUCAUGACACAAAACAGAAAGUUUCCGACUUUGGAAUUUAUGAGAUGAUGCCAUACCUCCUCUCUUGGUUUCAAGCACUAGAUUUUUAUUACCAAGUUUAAGCUGUAUAUUUACUCAUAAAAUAUUUAAUAGCAUUUAAAUAUGCAAAAAAAUGUUGAAGGAGCUUGGAUUUCCAAGGAUGCCAAUAUUUAUUUUCCUUCUUAAUUUUUUAUUUAAUAUUUGCUGGAGACUAUUUGUUUUUUAUUCUGAACCUCACAGCAGAAUUUUAAUUGUAAUACAGUAAACAUUCACUCGGCUGAAAUGUGUAUUGAAAUUCAAGUAUAACGUUUUCUUGUUUAUAAUUUUCUUUGCUUCAUGUUUGUAAUAUUUGAGAUUUUUCCUUAGUAAAGGCAAGACACGACAAAAUCCAACUGCAACUAGAAUUGUAGAUUAGGAAGGUGAAGAGCAAUUUUGCAUUUUAUUAAGGCUUUUUGUUCUAAGCUAAAUUCUCUUGAUUCCUGUGCUUGUAGAAACAGGACAGAAAUUUAUUUUACAUUUCAGUUUUGCUGAUGAAACCCAACUACAAGUUUUCAUUAUGGGCAUGCUUAGUAAUUUCUGCAGUAAGAAUGAAAAUGAAGGUGCAUCGUCAGAAACAUAACAUAUACAGCAGCUUUCCAUUACACUACUGACGUUGUCUAAGACAGUGUAAGGAGUUAACAUUGUAUAUGUUUCUCCCCCAACCAAGGCUCAGGUAGAAGAAGCUAGGCUUUCACAACUUCUGUGUUGCAAAUGAAUACAAGAAGAGGCUCCACCCCAGGUUCACUGAAAGAUUUUUUUUUUAAUAGUUACAGUUCUUCAGUAACAAUAUUAAAAUUGUUGAAUGUCCAGAAAGGCAUAUUUCUUAUGUGCUAUAAUAUUACAUGACAUGGUGAAAAAAUAAGUCCGCUACUUCAAAGUUACUUAGUUUUCAGAAGUUCAAAAUCACUAUGAAAUUCAGUUAUAUACCAAAAGCUUGAAAUGUUUUAGACAAAUUAAGGAAGUUUCAUAUGAUUGAAGUUAAGCAAAUAUCAAAAUUAGAAGCUAAUUAGAAUUAAGAUUUAUUAUGUGGGAUCGUUUCAAAAAGUUGACCAAAUAAAUUGUGUGAACAGUGUAACAUGUUUUUAAACUUGAAUUCUUUUUUGCUCAUCUUAUUCAAUGUUAUGUGAAAUUUAAAAUAACAAAUAUUAUCUAUCUAUCCACAGACACACACACACACUCACACACACAGAUUGCCAGUAAAUAGUAUUCAAAGUUGAUCAAAGUUGUUUAAUCUGUUGAAUUAAUUGUCCCAUGUAGUUGAACUUUUUCUACAUAUUUUAGUCUUUUUUAAAGUUAUUUCACUGAAGUGAAAUGACUGGAGGUUUAUAAAAUUAAAUGUGCUGCUUGAAUAAUAGAUUUUAGCAGAAAAAAUUUACAUGUUAUACUGGAUUCCUUCAAUGUUUUAAUUUUAUUUAUUGUUCAUUUAACUCAAAUGCAGCCUGGUAUAUAUAAGCAAAUCUAGAUUCUAAAACCAAAUGGCUUUCCUCUAGAAGCAAUAAGGAAAGAAAGUGGAAUGGAAAUAGAGGGUGAAGAAGCUAUUUAAAUCUAAAUUGACUAUCAGAAGGUUAUCACUGUUUUUCCUAUCAUACAGGAAGGGUUCCAAUCUCAAAAACUAGAAACUGGAAAACCAUGAGUUAUAGUCCUGUCUUAGGCAUGAAAGGCAACUCGGUGAUUUUGGGCCAGCCACUCUUUCUCAAACUGUCAAGGUUCCAGAAAAACCUCUUCUGCAUAAAAAAAACUCAGAAGCCAUUGUCUUUCAGAGUUCUUUACUAGCAUGAGGAAACUGGCACACAAUGAGUGAAAUUCCAAAACUGAACUUCCGGAUUCUUUUCCCAGUUAUACAAACCCCAAGAGUCCCACCCCCCUAACCCCUUUGCUGGUCACAUGGUCCCACGUUCUCCUAGUUCAUUCGAAUAUCCACUCACCAUCCGGUGAACACCAUCCGACCUUGACCGCUUGAAGAAUGUUACCAUACCCCUCAACCCCCCUUCUUCCCCUCGGGAAAAAUGUGGCAGCGUCUGGAACCCUAAAGUCUAGUAUGUAGUAGUAGUAUGUAGUAGGCCUGACACAAACCAUGUCACAGGGCUGUUGUGGGAAAAUAGGAGGAGGAAGAAAUAUUAGGUAUGUUCACUGCCUUGAGUUAUUUAUAAAACUAAUAAAGUGGGACAUAGAAAAUAUCAGACAUUUUGGAUAGCACAAACAAUGUUUUCUGGAAGAAUGAACAUCUUCCUGUCUAAAAAAAAAUGGUGCUGAAAGUUUAUUACCAAUACAUUUAUUUUGGUGCGCCAAAGAGUUGGCAAAAUGAGCCAUUUUCCAAUUUUGUCUCUUUCAGGUGUCAUAUUUUCUGUAGUUUUGUUUUAAAUUUACCUUUAUUAGAGGUAUUUAUUAAUGGUUGACAUUAGAUCAAAAUACUAUAUAUCGAAACACUUUCCAUUUCUAUUUUGUGAAUAAUUGUUUUUUCCGGCAACAAUUUUAUCAUGUAUUUCUCUCAUAAUACUGUGAAAGUUUGCUAUCUUUUGCAGCAACUAAUCUCCAGUAACAUUUUUAGUAGUUCCUUAGAAUAAAUUGUAUAAAUAUAUGCCUGGGAAUAUUUGGUAGCUGUCUGAAGACUUUUAUGAAGUGUUUGACAUGGAUAUAUGACUGUUUAAAGUAGCCUAUUUGACUUUUUUCAGUAGACCGAGACAUACAGGAUCCUGAAGACUGCAGACUCAGCUGUUAAUGUCUGGGGAAAGUUUGGAGGAGGCCUAUAACACUUUAUUAUAGUACAGUGAAACAUAACCACCACACUAGAAUAGACAUGGGUAUAGCUCUCAUUUCUAUCUCACUGCUUGUUUUGGUUCUGCUACUUUUGGUGGAGAACUAAAGUAAGCAAAGGAGCAGGUGUCCAUGCAUAUUGGGUGGAAGGGGAACUGGAGGACACGGGCAUUAAUUUUCUUCGUACAGUGUUAGGCUAGAAUUAAUAAAUCACUGCGCGUUUCUUGGGACAGAGGUCUUUGAUUAUCAACUGGGAGUAAAUUUUUUCAUUCCUCCAUGCAGAUUUUUUUUUCAUUGUGUGAUGCUUUGACUUGUCCAUUCCAUAAUUACUCCCCCACCCCUUAGCUAUAUCUUGUGAAUAUAUUGGAACAUUUAGGGUGUCAGGGUUCUGAAGUUCCAAGAUGGCUUCGGCCAGGCCAGCUUCAGGGUUAAGAUAGGGUCAAUGUCAUGUUGUAAGGUCCACUUUUAAUUGAGCUUCAGUCUUUUCAUAUGGUCUUAUACUAUCUUAAAGUACUCUGGUACAGUGAAGAAUUCAUAGGGCAUUUUAUAAUAGUGGGCUGCCGGGUCCUUAUGCAGCAAAGCAACCCCAAAUCAUUUAUUUAUUUGUAUGUUAUUUUUACAAAUAAGGCAGCGAACAUAUCCAACACAUCUUCCCCCUAUUUUCUCCACAACAACCACCCUGUGAGAUGUUCGGGGCUGAGAGUGAAUGAUUGGCUCCGAAGUUACCCAGCUGGCUUUCAUGGCUAAGGCAGGACUAGAACUUGUGGUCUCCCACUUUGGACUUAAAAUAACUUUAUUGUCACUUUGAAUGUACAGUAAUUGGGCAUAUAUUAAAAUGAAAUUUUGUUGCAUACAAUUCUCAAAGAGUCUCCACCUCUAAUAUACACUACAUAAACAUGACUAAAUAAAUACAAAAUUAUUCAUGACUAUAUGUGCACAUGCACACAUUCUGCAUUACUGCCAAGCAAGCUACAUGGAUGAGUCCCUGAAAACAAUGCCAAAAUCAGUUUGAAGAUUUUAGUAAAAGUAAAGGUUCCCCUCGCACAUAUGUGCUAGUCGUUCCUGACUCUAGGGGGCAGUACUCAUCUCUGUUUCAAAGCCGAAGAGCCAGCGCUGUCCAAAGACAUCUCCGUGGUCAUGUGGCCGGUAUGACUAAACACCAAAGGCGCAUGGAACGCUGUUACCUUCCCACCAAAGGUGGUCCCUAUUUUUCUACUUGCAUUUUUUACGUGUUUUCGAACUGCUAGAUUGGCAGAAGCUGGGACAAGUAGCGGGAGCUCACCCCAUUAUGCGGUAUUAGGGAUUCGAACCGCUGAACUGCCAACCUUUCGAUUGACAAUCAGCAUUUUAGCCACUGAGCCACCGCAUCCCUUUAAGAUUUUAUUAUUGACUGCCUAAAGCUCAUUUUAUAUUCCAGUAUUGCACUGAUACUCCUCUUACACAAAUAAGGAUUCAGAAUGAUGCUUUGGGAUAUGAGGAGCUGAGCUAGAAUUUGAAAGUAACAAUUUUUCUCCCUAUCCCAUGGU